GAGGUCACCACCGUCGUCGCCAACAGCCAGCGGGACCAGUUCUCUCAGCACACCCAGCACACCGGCUUCAGCUUCCUGCGCAUCCUCCGCGUGCUGCGGCUGCUGCGCGUCCUUCGUCUGCUGCGGGUGCUGAGCAUGAUACACGAGCUGCGCACCCUGGUCCUGUCGAUCGGAAAGACCAUGCCCUCCCUGGUCUGGACGGUGGCCCUCCUCAUGCUGCUGCUAUGCCGCGUGCAUCUGCUUCACGCAGGUGGUGGCGGACCUGGCCGCGGGGGACCCGGGCUCGGUAGCGGUGGGCACGGACACCCACGAGUACUACGGCUCGCUCUUUCGCACCAUGCUGUCGCUCUACCAGGCGAUCACCGGCGGGGUCAGCUGGAACAUGUUGGUGAACCCGCUCUUCGCCCUUAA